CUUACCUUCUCAUCCUCAAAUUCUCCCCUCUUUCUCUCUGCGUGUGUUUAAUCCAUGGAUUCUAAUUGCUUACAAUCCACCGUCCACGCCACCUACUCUCCACCUCCCACCACCACCCACAUCCACUCCUCCCGCUCCCAGUGGCUCCGCGCCGCCGUCCUCGGCGCCAACGACGGCCUCAUCUCCAUCUCCUCCCUCAUGAUUGGUGUUGGCGCCGUCAACCAAUCUUCACGCGCCAUGCUUAUCACCGGCCUCGCCGGCCUCCUUGCCGGCUCCUUCAGCAUGUCCAUCGGUGAAUUCGUCUCCGUCUACGCCCAAUACGACAUCGAGUCCGCACAACCAAUUAAACAAAUCCUCCCAAGCCCAUAUAAAGCCGCGGCUGCCUCUGCACUUUCAAUAAACCAAUCCCCCCCAGCCCCAUAAAAGCCCGCGGCUGCCUCUGCAAUUUCUUUCGCAGCCGGCGGCGUCCCACCGCUGCUCGCCGGCGGGUUUAUUGUGUCGUGGAUGGAAAGGGUGGCGGUUGUCUGGCUUGUUAGUAGUAUAGGAUUGGCUUCAUUAGGGGCUGCCGGUGCGCUCAUGGGCGGCGCCACCGCGGGGAAGGCCGCCGGAAGAGUAUUGGUUGGAGGGUGGAUUGCUAUGUUGGUGACUUAUGGGGUGUUGAGGCUUUUAGGACUUGCUUUUAACAUGAAUGUUUCUGCUUCUGCAUAA